AUCACCAACAAAACUGCAAUUUUUAAUUUAUUUUCGUCGAAAAUAUCGUUUCUGGCUCGCUUUUUGAGCUUUGUUUUGUAUUUUGUACAGAAAAUGGAUAUUUUCUUGUGAAUAAGAAGAAUGUCAGUGCUGAGUUUGAUCCCGGAGGACAAAAGGAAAGAUCACAGAAAAGAAUCCCUAGAAAGCGUCUACAGCAGCAACUCCCGACUGAACCUGCUCAACAAACGAAAGCGCCUCAACCCCCUCGUCGAUAUGUCCAACCCCUCGCUCAAUAGUAAGGCGGGCGGCGACCGCUACGUCACGCAACGGGUGCUCUCGGCCAAGACGCACAGAGUCAAGCAGCUGCAGAACCAGCUGGCUGACGCCCAUUAUCAUCUUCAGGAGCUGAGCAACGAAAACCGCGUUUUGCGGGCAAUACAAAAGAAGCAAGAAAUUGCAUUGCAGCGAUACGAGAAUUCAAACGCAGAGCUUCCCCAAGUGUUGAACUCGCACAAUGAGGAGAUCAGAAUCCAGCAGAGCAAGUACAAGCAGUUGAAGCAGCAGUACAAAGAAGUGUCACAGCGGCUCAAGGAGAGGGACAUGCAGCUGCAGCAGCUGAAGGAUGACCACCAACAUCUGCUGGAGUUGAGUAAGGACAGGAACCUGCUAGAACGCGAGAAGCUACAGAACCAAGUGUCGGACCUAUCACUUCGGGUGCAGCAGCAGAACGAAACGAUCAGCAUGCUGCAGCGCCGCAUAGCGCUUGAAGCGAAGAACUUCAGGCACCAGCUGCAGAAUGAGAUCAACAAGCACAAGGACACGAGGCAUGAUCUGGAUCUUGCCAUCAACAAUGCUGACAAGCUUACUACUAUUAUUGAGAUGAAAGAAAAAAUGUUGAGCACCGCUGCUAGUAGAAACGUGAAGUCUCCCACUAAGCCUCCGUCUACAAUCACAAGUGCUCGUCCUCUUAGCAAGACUAAAUCCAGCGUCGAAAUCGCUAGAACUGAGGAAAGAUCAAACAUGGAUCAAAACAUCUUGGCCAAGCUAUGCGAGAAUUCAAGGAGUUUGAGCAGUUGUUUAUCCCACGAUGAAGAAACAUCAUCUUCCACGGAACCUAAGUCACGAUAUGCUACUAGAAGUCGCACGAACUCUAAUAGUACCCGUUCGACACCUAGCCAGAACCGAAAGAAUUCCAAAGGUUCCGACGACAUGAUCGAAUUGGCGAAAACUGUUCAAGACGGCAUGGCUGAUCUUGCUAUCUUUGACGACGACAUCGACUUCAAAAACUCGUCUCCUGAUGAAGUUCAAAAGAAGAUUGAUGUUCUUAAAGCAGAUCUACUAAACAAAAUAAAAAAUGAUGAGGCUCCUUCAAGAAAGCCUAGUGCACUUCGAAGAAUGUCUACAGAAGAGUCGAUAGAAGAAGAGAUAGUAGAAUCGGAGGAUACAGAACGUCCCAAAUCUAGAGGAAGAAGGAACUCAAACGUUUCGUUCUUUGAAAAUGUCACCGUUGAGGAGACCACUACUACUGUGACCAUUAACAAUGAAGACCGUAAACCAGUUAGAGAGAAUAGUGUAUUAGAGAGAAAGCUAUCUGGGAAACCCGUUGAGAAAUAUUGCAAAGACAUAAUACACGACAUUGAGAAAAGCAACAAACUUAUCGAGAGACACGUGAAGCAAUUCAACAACUCCAGAUUCGAGAGUGACAAGCUAGUUCAGCAGUUGGAGGCUGUGGAUAAAAUAAACGAAUUCGUCAAUUUUAAUGGAGAAAUUCCUGAGGCAGCGUUGACUGAAUUGAAUAAUAACUUCAAGAUGUUAACUGACAAAGUGUUGACUGAUUCGGUACCAGCAACUAGGAAGAGGUCUAUUUCAGGGAGAAGGAGUUCGAGGGCUGAGUCUAAGACGAAUAUGUUGGAUGACGGCAUGAGUAACCAGGACUUGCUUGAAGAUUUGUUAGGGAAGAAAUGACAUAACCCUAUCCUGGACAACGAUGUAGAGAUCUUCCAAGUGUUGUAGCGAUCUCGUUGUCAGGAGCCUUCGUUGGAUCGAUGAUGGUAUGCUUUUGUAUUAAUUAUUUAUAAUGAAAUUAUUGGAAUUAACCUUGCCAUUAUGUGUGAACUUGUAACUUUACAAGGUGGUUUAUUUAUGGUCGUUUAAUGUUCAUGAAUGAGCUUAAAGGGAAAACGGUCUUGUUUCACAACAUGUAAACAUUUCAUUGAUAAAGUUGUUCAAUAUCCAUAACGAAGCCGAAUACUAUUUUUGGUAAUUUCCCGGAACUUUCCUUUGGAAUUUGAAUCAAUGGCCAAUAAAUGGGCUGUUAUUACGGGACGUAGUAACUACUUCAUAUUUUUAGCACAUUAUCACUGAGAUGUUAAAGGUUUAGUCAAUAAAAUCGUAAUAAUAUAGUUCCCUAUAGGUCAAUUUAAUAUAAUCUUAUAAAAUUUAGUUCACUCUAAUGCCAAAUGUACUUCACGUAUUGAUCGAUAAAUUAUAUAGAUCCUGCAUAGAUACAAUUUUUCAGCUGUAAGCAAUAUUAUGCGGAAUGUUUGAUCAGUUUGUUAAUAGUAUGGAAAUAUUUAUAAUAGUGUAUGAAUUGGUUAUUUUAGUUAACCUUGGAACAGUCGAUUCAGUCCUUUUCCUCUCAUAUUUUGUAAAGUUAACAAACUGUUGAUGGUUUAUUUGUAAUCAAAAGUACAGUUGGGUUCAAAAUUGUGAGCACGUUUGUCUAGGGAUGUGUGGUUAACAAAUGCGCAUGAAUUAAACUAUUUGAAUAGUGUGGACGUUGAGCUGAAGCUACGAAUCAAAUUCAGAGAGCAUGG